CUGGGAGUAACAUUAGAUUCUCAUCUUCAUUGGCAACAGCACAUUAUAAAUACAUGCAAAAAGUUAACGUACGCUUGUUAUGUCUUACUGAAGGCGAGACAAUGCUUUGACACUCCCACGAUGAAACUUAUAUAUUUUGCUAUAUUUCAUAGUCAUUUAACAUAUUGUAUUGAGGCCUGGGGCGUAACUUAUGACACUUACCUUUUGCCAUUGAUUAAAUUACAGAAGAGAGCCCUCAGAAUCUUGACAUACUCCCACUAUUCCCAACCGUCUCAUAUCAUAUUUCAUCAACUUCACAUUUUCACAUUUCUGGAAAUUAAACAAUAUAAGAUUGCUUGCUUAAUAAAUAAUAUUUUUAAAUCAAACAAUCCACUGCCAGCGAACAUCUUAAUUAAGGGUAACCGAUUAACAAGGGCGAACACAUCUGGUCACUUUAACAUACCACGGUCUCAUAACGUAUACGGCGAGCGACUGAUGCAAUCAUGCGGAACUAAAAUCUGGAACACUUUACCAUCUUCAGUCACCCAGUCAGGCAACUUUAACAGCGCUUUGAAAUACUAUAUUUUUUUAAAUAGAACAUGUCUCCCACCAUCCUGAAACUCAAUCGCAUAUUCUGUUAUUGAAU